AUGGAUUAGAGUAUUGAAGAAAAAGAAAAAAAUCCUCCUUAAGAUUACAAUUAAGAUGACAUCAUUACAUUAAUUAUGUAAAGGAAUAAUAAGAUAUUAGGGUAUGGAGAAAUAUAGCAUUUAUUUGAGUCUAUUAAAAGAGAAAAACCUCAUUUUACUGUGACAUAAUACAUUACAGCUGAAUUCAAACCUCAAAGAGUACCUUCAUAUAUUUCGCAAAAAUCAGCAUUAAUCAAUAAAACAGUUUCAGGAGCAAUCCUUUAUCUAAGAGUGUUUGAUUAAGAGCAAAAAAUCAAUAAAUGCUUGAAAAUUUAUUUAUUAGACCAUUUUCUUGAUGGUCUAUUUGUAAGUAGCAUUAAUUAAUUGUAUGAAAGCAUGAAGACUCUGAUAAGGACUGAUCUUAUAUUAUAAGUAUAUGGUACUUACGUCUUAAAUGGCAAUGAUGAUUGCAAGACUUACUUUGUUAUUGAAUAUGAGAACUACGAAAAUUCUCUAUCAAAACUUUAUAAUCACAACAGACCAAACAUGCUGCCUGAAAACUUGAAGUAAAUUAUGGAGAAUACUCUUAAUUACUGUUCUGAUCGUUCAAGUAUCAAAGAGAAAACAAGGAUGAAAACAAUGAAUUUCCCUUAGGAUUAUUUAAAGUACUUUUUUAUGGUUAAAGCAGAUGAAGAAUAAUGCAAAAUUAAGCUAAAUAUUCUCUCACCUGAAAUAUUCUAAAGCAAUAUUAACACUGGAGAGAGCCUAAUAAUGAAAAAUAUUAAAAGCUAAACAUCUUCUAAGAAGAAAAGAGAAAAAGGUGAAAGAAAUAAGCAAGUCAACGAGCUGAAUAGUAAGCUUGGAAGGUUACUCUUAGAUGUAUAAGUUCUUAAUUAGAUCAGGAAAGAAGAUUUAGUUGAUACUUUAAGAAAGAAUUUCAAUUAGAUAAUUGAAUGCCAUGGUGUUUCAUUGUUUGAGAUUAUAGCCUAGCAUCCUAAAUAUCGUAGUUUUGAAUUAGAAGAGUACAGUCAUGAUUUCUUCAUUUUAGGCACUUAAAUUAAUAAUAAUUAUUACAAUUUAAAGUGUGAAAAAUUUUAAACAUUGAAAGAAUUAGAAGACACAAUUAAAUUGUACGAAUAAUUUUAUUAAAACAAUAAUCAUAUGCUUAUUCCUGUAAAUAGUUAUGAACCUCUACUUGUUGAUGAAGGCUAUUAUCUAUUGAUUGAGGAACAAGUUAUGCCAAAUUCAAAUAAGUUUAAAAAGAAUAAAUAGCUGCAACAAAACUUAAAUUCAACUUUUAUCACUAUUUCAUAGAUUUGUGACAAAAAGAAUCCCUCUAAAUAAGAAAAAUUGAGAAUCUUGUAGAUUGUUGUUUAGCUCUUAAGAUUUACUUAACAUCUUUAUUCUAAUAAUUUCUAUCAUGGUGACAUUGAUUUCUAAAACACACUAGUGAGCUACUCGAAUACUUAUUCAGCAGAACCACCAACUCUGUAUUUUAGUAACCCUCUUUUUUUAAGAAACAAAGAAAACAAAAUAAACAAGAGAAAAAAUGCUAACGAUUUUGAAAGUUUAGAUGACAUAAUCUUUUUACUUUUAGUUGAUUAGAAAUUAGAUUCGAUAAUUGAUCAAUCAGCAAUCAAAUAGUUAUCCAGAGCUCAAGAAAAUUAUUUUUAGGAUAUAAUCAACCAUAGACAUGAAGCUAAUCAGAGUAAUAAAUCUAUGAUGCAAUACGAAGAAAAUGGUAUUAGUUUCUAUGUUAAUCGCUUAACAGACUUGUUCAAACUAUUUGAAGAAAUUUAUCAAAAGCAAAUGUCUGAUAAAUACAUAAGAAUAAAUAAGAAAUGGCUAAUAACACUUAAUAAAUAUUAAGUUAUUUAGGGUUGCUAAAAUUUUUUAGCCCACAACCACAACCAUUUAUUUCAUAAUCAUCAGGGAUAGUAAGAUGAUUACGAAUAUGAUGAAAAUGAAAUUUUUGAUGAUUAAGAGGGGGAAUUUGGUGAGGACGACUAUUACGAUGAUGACGAUGAAGAUGAUGAUGAUGAUGGAUAUGGUUUUUGGCAAUUUAUGGAUGAAGACGAAAUUGAUUCAGAUAUGGAUGAAGUUAAUCAUGGAAUAUAUUAAUUAGAUUAAUGCAUUACUCCAGAAAUGUUCUAAUUAAAAGUUGAUAAAAUUGUAUAUAAUUUCAAAUGGAGAAAAGAUUUUACUAUUGUUCAAAUCCUUAAAUCAAUUGCUAGCAAUAAUAAUUUAAUUUCAAUAAAUUUUAAGUCAUUCUCAUCCUGCUCUAUAAGGAAUAAUAAAAAUGUGAAAGAGCAUACAAAUGACUACCUCAAUAACAUUUUGAAAAAUUGCACAAAUUUACAAACUGUUAAGCUAGAUAUUUAGUAAGAAGAUAUUUAAGUAUUCGAUGUCAAACUAUUGUAAAAUUUACACGAUUUACAAAAAAUCAAGAUUAAGGUAUUUCUCUAGCUAAAUCCAAAUAUUUUCAAAAAUGAAAAUCAGUUUAUGGAAAAUAUCAACUUCUAUAAGAAUUUUCUUGAAUUAUUUAAAAUUAACAAGCAGUUCAAGUCAAUUAAUAUCUACCCAUUUACAUUUUUCAUUUGUUCACUACCUUAUAACAAUAUUAAUUGGUAUUUCCAAUCUAUCGGCAAACUGUUAAAUUCAAUUUAUCAGAAUAUUAAUAACCAAGAAUAUAACAAUACAAACCCUAAUAAAAGGAAAAGGGCCAUUAAAUAACUUUAUAGCUUCUCAUAGCUUACCUAAAUAAAUAGUUAAGAGUUGUUAUAGAGAGUUUAAUCUAAAAGUAAUGAUGAUGUAGAGAGUGCUAUAGAUGCAUUCUUUAGAUCAAAUAAUAUCAGACAUUCCCAAAUUAGAAAGAUAGCAAGAUAAAAUGUGCUAUAGCAAGCAAUUGGUAUUUUGAAUAAAUACCAUUUUUUGACAUUAAAAACUAUGAUAGAUGAAGAAAAAAAAGAUCAAUUAAUAUUGAAAUUUUCUCAUCUUUUAGAUUAAUAAAUCGGAAGUUUAGUGAUAAAACUCACAUAUGAUGAAUAAUUUGGAUUUAUGGUAGUAUCUGAAGAAUGCAAUGAUUAAGAUAGAUAUAAGUGCUAUUAAUUUAGAUUUUUAGUCCCAGAAUUUAGUAUUAGAAUGAUUGAAAGGUGGAUACUUUGUGAUUACGAUAAGAAAAUAAAGUAAUACAUGUUUGGAGAAAAUUAUUUCUCUUUAUGCAGACAUUGUGACACAUUUUAAUUCCAAAAGUUAGCAUAUUUAGGUUAAAAAGAUCUAAAAAAAUUGACUCUCCACAUUGAAUUUUGCGAAAAUUACAAUAAAAUGCUAACUUAAAAUAAAGAUUUCUUUGGGCUAUCUCAGAUUCCUUCAAAACAAUUAACCGAGAUUAAGCUUUCACCAAGAAUUUUUGAUUAUAGAAAUGUUUUGCAGUGCUAUAAAAAUAUAAAAUAUUAACUUUAAAAUGCAAGAUAUUUAUGUAAAGUUCAGAUCGUUAUCAGUGAAAAUUUCAUAGAUAUCAACAUUAGAAAAUAAUUAAUGAAAAUCAAAAGGUUGGUUUCAAUUUAGUUUGUUGCAUUUGAUUGA